UGAAUCGCAACCCAACCAGAGCGCACAAGUGCGUGUUGAAGAGGGCUCUGCUUCACUGACAACCAUCCUUGCCAGGAGUCUUGAAUAGUUGUGCAGGCGUGAAGUGAAUCGAGUGUAAGCGGACAACCACGGACAAGUAUGCUGGAGGUUAUCCUGCACUUGCAACUCUCUUUGGAUCUACGCACCAACCAGACCUUUUGCUAGAACGGUUGCUCCGUGAGUCGUCAGUUCGGCCGUGAUGGGAGCCCGCAAGCCUAGCAACGAUCGCCGUUUUGUGGUCGACCUGCUGGCGAUCGUGUUCGGUAUCGGAUCGUGGAUCGGUGUGAACUCGGUGUACGUACAGCUUCCGCUGCUGGUCCAGAGUGCACCGGAAGGCUGGAAUCUGCCAUCGUUUCUCGUCGUCACCAUUCAGCUGGGCAACGUUGGUCCCAUCCUGUACACUGCAACCCAACGGUGGCGCUCGUUCCGCGAUGCCAACCUCAUCAUCGCCCUGCUGCUGCUCGGUUCCGGGGCCACCCUGGCGACAGCGUUCGCGCACGACCAGACGGUGGUCGUGUUUGGCGAACCGCACUCGGUUCCACUGUUUAUCACCGUGUUUGUCGUAGCGCUGGUCGGGUGCACCAGCUCCGUACUGUUCAUGCCAUAUAUGGGCCGCUUUAAGGACAUCUAUCUGAUCACGUACUUGAUCGGGGAAGGACUGAGCGGAUUUCUCCCGAGCAUUCUCGCGCUGGGCCAAGGCGUGGGCGGAAACGCGGAGUGCGUCCUGGUCAACGAUUCGAUCGCCUGGGAAACGCCGGUCUACGAAAGCUACACACCUCCACCACGGUUCGGAACGAACGUUUACUUUAUCAUCUCCUCCGCCCUGCUGUUGGUAAGCUUGGUUGCCUUCGUGCUGCUGGAUCGAUGGGACAUCAGCAUUGCGGAGCAUGCUGCCGUCACGAUUGGUAAUGGGAACAACUACACCUACGAGGCGAGUGACAAAACAGUCUCUACCGGGACCGCGGCAAUCGAAGCCGGCGAGAAGCGUCUGCCUACCGUGUCCUACUGGCUCCUGAUGCUGCUGAUCGGUGGGAUGUGCCUGUUCGGGAACGGGUUUUUCCCUAGCAUCCAGUCGUACUCCUGCUUGCCGUACGGGAACGUUGCCUACCACCUCGCCGUUACACUGAGCAGCAUGGCCAACCCGGCCGCCUGCUUCUUGGGCUUCUUCGUUCGCCGCAAUACGGUGCGCUUGAACGUCCUGCUCGCGGUAUUGUUCGUACCGUUCGCGGCGUAUGCCAUGACGACAGCCAUCACGAGUCCAGCUCCGCCGUUAAUGCACCACACCAUCGGCGACAUCCUUGUGAUAUCCUGUUGGACGGUGCUGAUUGGGUUGAUCAGCUACAUCAGGCUAAGCAUCACAACGUUAUUGCGCCGUGAAGGCGGCCAAACGCUCGUCUGGGUUGGCGUGGCAUCUCAAAUGGGAUCCCUGGCCGGUUCGUUGCUCUCGUUCGGACUCGUCAACUUUACCGACAGCUUCGAACAGUACUAUCCGUGCUGACCGCGAGCACGUGUAGCUGAAAACAUGAACUUCGGCAGGACCAAGAGCAGGAUCUUUUGGUCCCGGAUUACGACGAAAUAGCAGACACGUUUGAUUCGUUAAUCGGAAGUGGAUGGAAAUUUUGUAGUGCCGAGGUGUGCCAAUAAACUUCUCAGACUGAUUUUGUUUAAGGAACACCAGCAUAGCCAGACAUAGCCCGUGACCGCUCAGUAAAAAAAAUCCCUGCCCCGAGCGUACAACAGUCCGCGUCGGAGUGUUCCGAAACGUUUGCCGAAAGGUUUACGAAAUCCUGCAGGAAAGGAACCCACCACGAGUCACUGUCGGAAGAUUAGCCUGCCUGCCUGCUGUGGAAGGGAAAGUACACUGAGGGAAAAAAAUGAAAAGUUGUGUGAAAGCAAUGCGAAAUAAAAAUGUUUCAGUAGCAGUCCGCGGAAUUAGGCGGGCCACAGCGAGAUAUAAGGAACGAUGUAGUUUAACGGAAGCACACGCAUUGGAUGAUGUUAGUGCGUAGAAACAUCGUUCACGUUGGUCGUGCGAUAACAUACUGUUAUAUUAAAAAUUCA